UCUCUUCCUCUCGCUUUUUAGUGUGUUCCUCAUUCACUCACUCAGAAAAGGUUGAGAGAGGGUCUCUCAGCAAGAGAAGGGUAAUAAAAAGGGGAUUGUUUGAACAGAGAGACUGUGUAAACAAAGGGAACUGGGUUGUGUUCUUGGGGACUCUUAUCACCUGUCUACAACACACCACUCCUGCAGCAUUAUAGGACUCCUGGAUGGAGAGGCAGCAGGGAGAGGUAAUGGCAGAUCGCCUGGAGCGCCUAGAUCCACUCUGUGACUCAGAGAGAGAGAUGAUCAAGGACACCUGGGCCAAAGUCUACCAGAACUGUGAUGAUGUCGGGGUGGCCAUUCUCAUCAGGCUCUUUGUGAACUUCCCCUCCUCCAAGCAGUACUUUAAACAGUUCCAACAGGUGGAGGACCCUGAGGAACUGGAGAGGAGUGCCCAGCUCAGGAAGCACUCCCGCAGGGUGAUGAACGCCAUCAACACCCUGGUGGAGAACCUCCAUGACGGGGACAAGAUGGUAUCUGUUCUGAAGCUGGUGGGCAAGGCCCAUGCACUCAGACACAAGGUGGAGCCUGUCUACUUCCAGGUGAGGAAGAACCAGGCAACAUGUUUACACAUAACCAUUACCCACAGGCACACCAAAGCAAAUGUAUUCCCUCUCUCUCUUUCUCAGAUCCUGUGUGGGGUGAUUCUGGAGGUGCUGGUUGAAGACUUUCCUGAUUACAUCACUCCAGAGGUGGCAGUGGCGUGGACCAAGCUGCUGGAUGCCAUCUACUGGCACGUGAAAGGUGUGUAUGAGGAGGUGGGCUGGGCCUCCAGCUCUGCCGUGUGAACCAUCUGUCUGUCUGUGUCAAAGUAACCAUCAGUGACUACUGUGGACUCCCGGAGACUGACUACUACUGGGCCUUGGCUUAGGAGCAGGACGAUCUAUGUCUGACCAUUCAAGGGAAGAAAUGUAUCUUUCCAGAGCUCAUAGAAUCUGCUCAUAGAAUCUUCCUAUGUAUCAUCAUGGCUCCCUCCCUGUAUCUGUCCCAUGCCCCCACUGUGGGGUGUGUUCUUCUGAUGGACUCUCUUAUGAACGAUGGGGUGGUGGUUUGUGCUGACUUUGGUUGGAAUGUGUGUGAAUGGACAUAUGUGUGUAUGCAUUUAUGUUUGAGGUAGAGAAUGAGCCCUACACAGACUGAUAGAAUCUUGGAUGUCUCUUCAGCUACAUUGCCAUGAGAUUAUGUUGAAGAUUGAGGAUUGGCAGACAUAAGAACUGUAUUAUGCCAUAGAGACAGUCUAAACGUACACUCUCAUACACAUUUUUAUCUUUACACCAAAAACAGAUAUACAGGGGAGAGAAUGUCUUCUGCUAAUCACUCAGUUGUUAACCUGCUUUGUGCCUUUCUUUAUUUCUGACACUGACAUCAAGAUCUUUGUUCAUUUCAUGUGAUGCUUUGUUGGUGUUUCCUGCACAGUAUAUUGUAUUUCAGAAUCCGUCACCCUUCAGAAACAGAUCCACUUCACUGUCUCACAAAAUGAGAAAUAACUUGUGAGGUGUGGUGUCCACAUUUAAGCAAUGUAAAUGUUUUUUUUUAUCAAUCCCUGUAUCUGCAUAAUAACAUAAUAAACCAAAACAAUGAUAUCUAUAA